UUUGUGGCUAAUCCACGAUUGCAGCUGAUUGUGUACUAGAUAUGAUUUAUGAUAUCUAAAUCAAAAUUGGUACUUUCUUUCUUUUUCUUUUUUUUUUUUUUAAGUAUAGGUGUUUGUUAAUGCAGGCACACACAUUUGAUCAUUUAUUUAAUUCCUGAUUAAACUGAGACAAAAAAGGGCGCAUCAAAAGCGAUAUAACAAAAUAUACGGUUUGAUCGUCAGAUUUUAGCAGUGCAACCUCUUUUUCCAAAGCUCGGUUUAAUUGAUAAGCUCAAUUACAAGCCCACUGUGCCUUCAAAAUUCACCCCCACCCCUCUGUCACUCGUUGGGAUUUUUAUCCAGAGAAAUGCAUAUUAAAGUUAGAGUCUGGUCAUUUUGACUGGGUUUCUUCUGACGUCAGAGCCACCGGCGUUUAAAACAACCCGCAUCUGGGCUGACGUGUUUAAUGCUAGUUUUUAUAAGGCAAAAUAUGUAUUUCUGACAUCAAAGACGGCAAUUCAACAAAUGCUUCAGGAUGCGCGCGGCUGUGCUGUAGAAGUUUAAUAGAGCGUUAGGAGAGCAUCCAUCUAUCGAACACUCUCAGGAAGGCGUUUAAGCAGAUUAAACAUGCUAGUAUUGCGCUUCGCCCUAUAAGCGUCCGGCAGCUUUAUGCUUUACCGAUCAAUCGGUACACUGAAACACAGCAGAGCUGCAGUCUCGCCUGCGUUCCGGCACACGGGGAUCACUCUACAAUGUCCUAUCCUCAGUUCGGAUAUCCGUACUCUUCUGCACCCCAGUUCCUCAUGACCACCAACUCCCUGACAUCUUGCUGCGAGUCGAGCACCAGAUCCAUCUCGGAUUCGUCCGCGCAGACGCCCGUUUACUGUCCGGUGUACGAGAGCAGACUGCUGGCCACCGCCAGACACGAGCUGAGCUCCGCCGCCGCGCUGGGAGUCUACGGGAGCCCGUACACCGGCGGCCAGGGCUACGGGAACUAUGUUACCUACGGCGCUGACGCGUCCGCUUUCUACUCUUUGGGAACGUUUGAUGCCAAAGAUGGAAGUGCGUCUGCGCAUGCGGGUAUAACACAGGCUGCCGCAUAUUACCCUUACGAUCCCACCCUGGGACAGUACCAGUAUGAUAGAUACGGAUCUAUGGAGGGAGGAAGCAGAAGGAAGAACGCCACGCGUGAGACCACGAGCACAUUAAAAGCGUGGCUCCAGGAGCACAGAAAGAACCCCUAUCCCACCAAAGGCGAGAAGAUCAUGCUGGCCAUCAUCACCAAGAUGACCCUCACGCAGGUGUCCACCUGGUUCGCCAACGCCAGAAGAAGGCUCAAGAAGGAGAACAAGAUGACAUGGCCACCGAGAAGCAAGGGCUCCGACGAUAAGAAGUACGAUGAUGAUGAUGAUGAUGAGGAUGAGGAUGAGGAUGGCUCGCAAGAAGAUCAAAUCAAAAGUGAAACCAAUGAUGACGAGAGCAAAUGUCGAGAGGACAAGGAGCUCCAGCUGAGUGACUUGGACGACUUUGACACCAUCGAGUCUGAGAGCUCCGAGUGUGAACUCAAGCACCGCUUCCAUAUGAACGCACACAUGGCGACCACCGACGACCGCCUCAAAGAAGCGCCUCCAAAGCUCUCCAUCCCCGGUCUGCUCGAAGCCAAAAGCGGCCUGAAAAGCACCGCGGAAGACUGCGAGCACAGCAAAACGUGCUUCCAGCAGCAGGGCCUUGCGUUACUGGACAGCAAACCGCGCAUCUGGUCUCUGGCCCAGACCGCGACAGAGUACUCCUCGUGUAUGCUUCGGUGCCAGCCAUCGCCCCCCGCCUCCUCACCUGUCAGCGGCCUGGAGAGACAGCAGGACUCACCUGUCACGACUCUCAGAAACUGGGUAGAUGGUGUUUUUCACGACCCCUUGUUUAGACACGGCUCCUUGAACCAAGCACACACGAACACUACGGUUUCUUGGACCACCUCGACCAAAGGGUCGAUCUUAGAGACUGGAGCGCUUGGACGCUCCAACAACGUGAUGAAAACACAGCCUCAAGAGGCCAGCAAGGACAGUAUGACAUUUCCAAAGGGGGUGAAUAAAAUAUUCUGCUCCUAGCACACCAAAAAGACUGUUUGGAAUAGCUGUUUACGCUUUCAGUUCACAAACAAAUGCCAGACUGUGAAUCGAUGGGCCCAAAAAUACGUUUUGUUACAUAAAAAUGUAUGCGUUUAUUGCUGUGGUGACAUCUCACUGGCGAGGGGUUGGUUUAUAUGUAUUUAUUGGUUUGGCUGACGCACGUUCAGAUUAUGUAAAUUAACUGGAAGUUUAUGUUCUGAAAGACUGAAAAAAGUUUACAGGCUAGUUUCGUUCCGGCUUUUAUCGUUUCUUUGGCAUGCAUACGUUGCUAGUUUUUAUUUAUCAUUCUUUUAGGCGAACUCGGACCUUGUCGCAACGACUCACAAGUGUCACUGUUACGAAAACAUCGCACAAAUGCACAGAUCUCCUCGAAACGGGGAAUGUUCAAAUCUGUUCACUAUAAUAAACGGUGGAUUUU